UAUAAGCCACCUCUACACGGGGAGCGGGAUCUGGAGCACUUUGACCCACAAUUCACAAAUGAACCGGUGCGCUUCACACCAGAUGACCCGAGAAUUGUAAAUGAAAUUGACCAAUCAGAGUUUGAAGGAUUUGAAUAUGUUAAUCCUUUGUUGAUGUCAGAAGAAGUACCUGUCUAAACUCGGUACCAAAAACGACGCCCUCAAAUUUAAAUUUGACCAAGCUCAUAUCUUGAUGUCUUCAAAUGUGUGUUGAUUGCUACAAUAUAUUUGCCUACAAAUGCCAAGUUUUGCAAUUCUGGGGUUUAUUUGGUGGUAGUACCUGUAGUGUAUUUAAUAGGACCACAUUCUGAUAAAUCUGUAAACCAGCCAAUACUAUGUUGGACCAACAUUUAGUCAAAACAAAAGUAUACAUUAUACAAUAUUAUGCAGUUCAAAGUAGUAAUGAGUAUUAAUAUGGAGCUGUCGAUUCACGGCGGUAGACAAUGGGUAUGGAGAGUUAAAUGACCGUCACGGAUGCCUCCUGUCCUCUUGAAACUCGUUUCGAUCACUGUGCCCAUGCACAGGACGUUAGCUCGUACACAUACACGCUCAAGUUCCCAGUGCGUCGCUUCACGUCAAAAAUUUAGACCAAAUGUUAAAUCGAGAAAAGACCGUUCUGUAAUUGAAUGAGACAGUAGGUACUGAACUUAUACGCAUGCGCAGAUUAAUAUUUUGUUCAAUUUACUGUCCUUCUCUGUCUACCGUCGUGAAUCGAAAGCUCCCUAAUGAGUCUUGUUGACAGUUUACCAUUCCAGAGUUGGGAGAGACUAGGUUCAUGAGAUGUUGGUUCUUUUAACGAUUACCAUUUGAUUUACUCUAAUUCCAAUGAUUACGCUGUGGGGCUUGGGUUUUUAGUCAUUACCAAACGAGUUACUCUAAUUCCAUUGCCUUUAGUUAAGUUUAUUCUUGUUCUACUGUGCAAGUUUUUUUUUUUUAUUUGUAUAAAAGUUUGGAAAAUAUUUUUAAACGUUUGAAUAAAAACACUGUCAUCCAUCCCAUGAAACAUGCAGCACCUUGAUAUGAAAUAAUUCCAAAUUUAUAUAUGUAAUAUUUUUUUUCUGAAUUUGUAACAAAGAUGUAGGACUGCUGAAGUCAUCAAAGAUCUAGGUCUUUUCUUUAGAUAAAAAUUUUCUAUGCAAGGAAAAAUAAAGAUUUCCUUUAAGUUUAUAGAUUUUAUUUAGAAGAUGGCUGUAGGCCCUCACCCAUGGUGACAUGUUGCUUUUCAAUAUCUAUUUCCAGACUUCUUUACUCCCACUUAUAUAUUUCAAUUCUUUACUAUAAUAUGCACAUUGUAUUUAUACACACAUUUGCUUAUUUAUUCUGAUUUCUUUGAAGUAGCCAACUUUAUUCUACAUUCUAAUGCAACUCUGCUCUUUCAUACUUUUAUAUUUGUGUAUUUAGCAUUUAUUUAUCAAUAUUAUACACUAUGUGUUUGUUAGGUUCUUUAGUUUUAAAUCUGUAUGCUGUCCUUAGCCUUUACAAAUGUGCUAUGAAAUGUAGAUGUAAAGUUAUUAAAUAAAAUAAGCAAAAUAUAUAGUA